UCGUGGUCACAGGAUGUCUGCUGCCGGUUCCAAAAAUAUGUUCAAAUUGUUACUUCUUAUUCUCAAGCUAGUCAUAGCAUUCGUGCAAAGGUUAUUCGAGGACAUUUAUAUACAGCAUUGGCCGGGACUAGAGCGCCCCAUCGUGCAGGUGAAGCAAGGGAAGGUACAAGGUGUCACUUCCAAACUGCCUAAUGGAACGCUAUAUCACCUCUUCAAAGGCAUUCCGUACGCUAAACCACCUAUUGGUGAGCUGCGGUUCUGCUCCCCAGUACCAUUGGAGCGAUUCACAACGCCACUGUUAAAAUGCCUAGUCGAUAGGAGUCAAUUCAUUCAACCGCACGAAGUUCUUGGCAAUUAUUGGAUUGCCGGUACCGAGGAUGCACUGUUCUUGAAUAUCUACACACCACAACUACCUGUCGUCGGGACGAAGGAAUAUGCCGUCAUGGUGUACAUCCAUGGGGGCGGAUUAAAGCAAGGAACGGCAAGCAGUUUCAUCUACGAUCCUCGAUACUUUGUCCAGAAAGGAGUUGUUGUAGUAGUAAUGUCCUACAGACUAGGGCCCUUUGGAUUUCUGAGCAUACCAAGCGUGGGAAUUAGCGGGAAUUUUGGAUUGAAAGAUCAACGGUUAGCGCUAAGAUGGAUUCAAGAAAACAUUGAAAGCUUCGGAGGUAAUCCAAAAAAUGUGACACUUUUCGGGGAAAGUGCUGGAAGUUGGUCAGCUUACUUACAUUACCUUUCGGCAAACUCAAGGAAAUACUUUCAUCGUGUUAUCUGUCAAAGUGGAGACGCCUGUACAGAGUCGGUACUGCAAGUAGAUCCGACUGAGAAAGCUCGUAGAUUAGCCCGUUGCCUGGGAUAUAAGGGAAACUCCGAUCAAGGAGCGUUAGACAUUCUCAGAAGGACACCUGCUCGACGACUAAUCAAAUACCAGGACGCUGCUAUCAGUGAGCAAGAGAUCGGUCUGCCUCUACAAUUUUUAUUCCGACCAGUCAUUGAGCUGGAAUUGAACGAGGAUACCAUUCUGAACCAAUCGCCGGAGUUGACGUUGAAAUCAUUCGACACUAUACAGAUGCCAAUAAUUCAAGGGUACACGAGUGGCGAAGGAAUUCUAACGCUUUGUCUAAACAAAAACAGACUAUGGCAAUUUGACCAACAUCCAGAAUGGCUAAUCCCGCAGCUCAUCGGUAACCCGGUUGGCCUCAACAAAACCACCGUUGGCGAAGGAAUCAAACAGUUCUACUGCAAAGGCAAACAAAUAUGUUGGAAAACAUCAAAUGAAAUAAGUGAUUUAUUUUCAGAUUUAACAUUCCUGACUACAUCCAAUUUGAGUGCGGAGUGGUUGGCCAAAUUCCAACCGAAUGCACCUCAGUAUCACUAUUUAUUUUCGUACGAUGGCAGAUUCAGUAUCGUGAAAAGGCUCCUCAAUGUUAGCCAAAUCGAAGGAACAUCUCAUGCUGACGAUUGUUUCUACAUGUUCAGUCCUCCGUUUCUGCCAGCGCUAUCAGCGGAUAGUGAUGAAAUUCGUGUACGAGACACCUUGGUGGAACUAUGGACGAACUUUGCCAAGUACAGCGACCCAACUCCGGAUACGAGUGGUCUGUGCUUCAAGUGGUUACCUGUGACGAAGGUAGAUCCCGAAACGGCAGAGUUUGAUUUAGAUUGCUUAGAUAUUAAUGUAAGACCUAGGAUGGUGCGCAAUCCGUACCCGGAGCGGAUAGAGUUCUGGAGAAAACUGAUUAAGCGGUACACAAAUCUAAUCUGAAUUCGAAUAAAUGGAA